GGCCAGACAAGGACAGGGGCUGGAGGUACCCGACCCCAUCUCCUCCCCAGCCCUCCGGCUGCUCUCAGGAGUCAGCUAAUCAGCCUGAGACGAGCUCGUGAGCAGGCAUCUGGCACUGCCCAGCCACAAGGACCUUGAGGGAAGCCUCACCCACCUACCCAUCUUGAAGCCAAGAUGUCCAGCAAACGGGCCAAGGCCAAGACCACCAAGAAGCGGCCCCAGAGAGCCACAUCCAAUGUCUUUGCGAUGUUUGACCAGUCCCAGAUCCAGGAGUUCAAGGAGGCCUUCAACAUGAUUGACCAGAACCGGGAUGGCUUCAUCGACAAAGAGGAUUUGCAUGACAUGCUGGCCUCGCUGGGGAAGAACCCCACUGACGAGUACCUGGAAGGCAUGAUGAGCGAGGCCCCGGGACCUAUCAACUUCACCAUGUUCCUCACCAUGUUUGGGGAGAAGCUGAACGGCACAGACCCUGAGGAUGUGAUCCGCAAUGCCUUCGCCUGCUUUGAUGAGGAGGCCUCAGGUGUUAUCCAUGAGGACCACCUACGGGAGCUGCUCACCACCAUGGGAGACCGCUUCACAGAUGAGGAAGUGGACGAGAUGUACCGGGAGGCACCCAUUGAUAAGAAAGGCAACUUCAACUACGUGGAGUUCACCCGUAUCCUCAAACAUGGGGCCAAGGACAAAGACGAUUAGGCCACCCCAGCCCCUGCCAGAGGCCAGGCCCCUGUCCCAGUCACCUACUCCCCACACACACUCGUCUGCACCAGUUCCUGCCUGUGACCUCUCAGGGGUUCCUCCCGCUGAGGGGUUAGGGGGCCAGUCCCCAGCAGAAGAAAUGGGCCAAGAGAGCACAGUGCCAGGCAAGGGUCACAGAGCAACGUGAGGCAGGUGCCCCACCAUGACCUUCCAAGGAAGUCCCACCUCCUGAGGGCCUAGCCAGAUGGCAGAGCCUGAAAGCACCAGGGAAGGUCCUCAAAAGAACCCAGGCCUCAGCUGCAACCUGCCCCUACAGGAAGAGCCCAGUCCUGGUCUCCAGGGCAGGCGAGCCCUCCCAGCCACUGCCACAAACACCAGCCUCACCAAGGUCCCCUCUCAGAGCACAGGGCCAGACCCCUGUGCUACACCCUGCCCAGCAGAAUAGCCACACACACCCCCACACACCGGACGUGUGCUCCAGAGGAUGCUGAACAGUGGAUAUUUGUCCCAGGGGAGGCAGAAUCUCUAAUAGAAGGCUGAACACUGCUUCGAGUCUGUGUGUCUGUGCUUGGGUGAAAUAAGGGAAUCCCAACCUCCCCCCCAUCCUCAAGGACACCCUGUCCUCCCCUGCUGGCCAGGGGACAGAUCGAUGAGACCAGCGCAGCAGGGGACAGUGCUGGUCCCUCCUGAUCAUGGGAGGGAGUUGGGAGAGCGGGCCAUCAGGAAUCCCAGGUAGCCAACCCUAGUGGGAAAUUCCAGAUGUCUAAGGGGUCAAGGUCACAGAGUCUUCAGCAUGAGAGCUUGGCUCUCUGGUGGCACCUCAGUGCUCCUGGAAAGCCAGGUGGUCCCAGAAGAGCAGGGAGGCUUUGGGAAUAGUAGGGAGGGUGCAUGCCAGAAGCCCAGGAGUGGAGGAGUUUAGUGAAUUAAUUCCCUGAGGUUAAGGGGGCAGCCACCAGAUGCUCUCUAGGCUGCACCCACCAUGGCAGGAGGGUCUGCAUAGCAGGCCAUAGCAUUUUAUAUCCUGCAUGCACGAGAGGCCGGUGACAGGCGAAUGAUGGAGACACUGACACAAAAGCAGAAAUGCUACUUGAAGAAACAGAAAGCCAAGAGAGCCAGGGACUGCCUGGGUGGCCUGGGACUGGAGAUACCCCAUCUACCCUCAGCAAAGGGCAGGAAGCUGGUGCUGGAUCCAGCGUGGUCCUUCUGCCUUCCUAGGCUACCCAGAGUCAGCCAGCCACAGUGCACAGCAUAGAGGCAAGGAAGAGAGAGCACUAAGGGGACCUACCCCGCCCAGGAGCCCUCGCCUCCCACAGGCCUCUGCCCAACCUUGUGGCUAGACCCUGCCAGAGCCGCCAUGAAACCUCGCCUCUUGCUUCCAAAUUAAAGCCCAGGAGCUCCUGCUCUCCAGAUGGAGCCAUCACCAAACAAGUUAUUAGCAGGUCUAAAUACUGCCCAGAUUCAGUCCUGACUCCAGACUUGACCUGACCCUAGACUGUGAGCCCUGGAAACCCUCAGCCUGGCCAUGCACUCACUGCAGCUGGCCUGGAGGGAGGAGCCAGGCAUCAGGCAGGCUUUGGGUGUCCCCCCAGGACUCCCAAGCACUGGCCACAUAUGCCAGACACCAGGGUCACAGGUCACUCUGUAGAGUCACUGAGCCACCAAAGGUCUUCCUGGGAAAAGGCAGAGACAUGUCUUUGGGAACAAACCUCAGAUUCCAAUCCUGUACUAGACUGCUCCCCCCUACCCUAGAGAGGGUGAAAAGGCACCCAUAUGGAUGGGGAGCAUGGAGCUGGUGGGGGCUGAUGGGACCUGGAGGAAGGGCAGGACUGAGCCAGGAGCAGAGCAAGGAUGGACAGGUGCUGCAGGGAUGGACAUGGCAGAGCAGAGGUUGGGAGCAAGACUGCACAAUGAUCACCUAAAAGCUGGGAGGGAGGCAGUUGUUUUUUGUUUUUUUUUUUAGUCUCAUGAACAUUCAUUAACGUCUUAGCAGCUUCUAGGUCUCCCUAGUGGCGCAAGGACAGCACUGUGAGGCUGUCCGCAGCACAGUUUGAUCCCCUGCCGACCAGGGGGCUGCCCAGAUGGUGCUGCUGACCUCUUCUGACUUGCCCGCUGCUCUCCUCAGCAGUGUAUUUUGGUCAAUCUGCCUGUUCUGUUCCCCACUCUGUCUCUGGUGAGUCUUCUCAUCCCCCACACCUCUAGCCUGUGCCCCAGCUCUUGUAUGCAUAAAUAAAUGGAUCUUGGGAAAAAAAAGAAAAAAGUCUUAGGUUUUUAGAAAAAUAGCAGCCAAUGUUUUAUUUCUCAUGGGCAACAUCUUGAGUUAACAGUGAAACACUUCCAGAACUUUCAAAGUCUGGCACAAAAUGCAAAAGCCACAAAGGAAAAGACUGAUGGAUUUAAAUGCAUUAACAAUGAAUACUUCUGUGAGCUAAAAAAAAAAAAAUCACACAGCAAAGUUAAGCCCAAAUGCAAAUCAGAAGAAAAUAUUUGUAGCAUAUUUAACCACAACAAAAAGAAUUAAUGACACUAAUCUAUAAAACCUCAACAAUUCGAUAUGGAAAAACCAGAGCUCAGUAAAAACAAUGAGCAAAUAACACAAAAAGAGAAUCUCAGAGGAAACAUCAACAUUUAAGUAUAUUUUAAGUGCUUAACACCAUCAUGUAAUUGUCAAAAUAGUCUAUUAUUUCCUAGUUUUAAUUUUUUUUAAUAUUUUUUUAGAGGGAUGUUUUAUUUAUUUGUUUGUUUGUUUGUUUUGUUUAUACAAGCACUGGGUACAGUCAGAAGCGCGGGAGGGUGAGAGAAUUCACCAGAGCCAGAGCAGGGAGCAGAGCAGGCAGAAGGA